GCCGCGCGCCCUGGCGGCCGCUCCGGUUCCGGCUGAGUUCCGGUUCCGUUUCCGGUUCCGCUUCCGGGUGCGCGGCAGCCGCGGGGCCGCUCCGGCGGGGCCGCCAUGGCCGCCACGGCCGGGAGCCGCACGCAGAAGAUCGGGAGCGUGUUCAGCCGGGCGCGGAGCCUGGUGCGCAGCGGGCUGCUGCGGAAGCCGCUGUGGCUGGACGUGUACGCCGCGUUCCCGCCGCUGCGCGAGCCCGUGUACCGCGUGCCGCGGCCGCGCUACCGGAGCCGCGACCCCAUCGGCGCCGUGCUCUACCGGGAGGACACCGUGCGAGCGAGGUUCUACAGAGUUUAUGGCAACGGCCCCAAGCCCUUCGACCUGACCCAGUUAAACUUCAAGUCCACUUGCCAGAGGUUUGUUGAGAAAUACAACGAGCUGGAGAAAGAAGGGAAAAUUGAGGAGGAGAAACUGUUUGAAGAAACAGGAAAAGCCCUCUUGGCCAGUGGGAUCCUUCUGCAGAGGAGAGGGGUGGAUAGAGCCUCCAGGGACCCUGCCCUGCCGCCCCGGGCCGUGCUGCGGGAGCUGCAGGAGAAGAGGAAGGACGGGGAGCAGCCUCCAGAGCUGGCAGGGACACACAGGGAGGGGCCCUGUCCCUCCUGACAGCCUGUCACCUGCCAGAGCCACCUCCAGCCCUCCCUGGGGACAUUCCCUGAGGAGCAGGGCCUGGUGCCCCCAUGGCACACGUGGUCCCCUCUGUCCAGCUCCACAGGGAUAAAGUCACAGGAAAUCUUAUUUUCUUUUAGUGCUCACCACUGUUUUCUGCGAUGGAGUUGGAAAACACCGAGUGUAAAAGUGGAAAAUUAAAACGUUUUCUUUAAAAACUGGGA